GUCGUUGACGCGCAUCGUGAAGAAGACCACGGAACAGCAAGUCCGGGGCACGCAGCCGAUUGAUCCAGAGCUCGCGGUGACCAUCACCGAAGUUAUCAUCCACGCGGGGAGGCUACUGCCGAGAAGUUCUCGGGGCGGGGUCAGCGGGACGACCGGCGCCAGCAGGAACAUCAUGCUUUCGGACGCGACGUUCCAACCGGGCUCGAAGCAGUACAAGAGCGUGGAGGCCUCGCUGGUGAUCUACGUGCAGUGGAUCAUCGAGCAGAUUUCGCGCUCGGAAGUGGCGUCGCGAACGCCGCCGGAGGAAGGUGGGGCUAGUGGAACUGGUACUGGCAUAGUUGUGCCCGGGACUGCGUCAGGAGCAGGCGUAGUUCUUGCAGAACAUCAAAACAAGAAGAGCAGCCAGACGCUCGGACCACGACAAGCGUCGUACGACGCAAAUACGAGCGUGGGAACAACGCCGGCCUCACCUCGAAUGUCACAAAUGCCACAACAACAGCAGCAACAAGUUGUAACAUCAUCCCCCCGCUCUGGUUCAACAUCAUCUGCCGCGCUGUUGAAGCAGUCCUCCUACAGCACCGCCCUGCUGCGUUUUUCCGAGAACGUCCCGGAACCGUGGCGGGAACAGGUGUUGCUCCCGACGCUCUUGAAAUCUGCCGUGAAUGUGAAACUUCUC